CACGGCCACCAGCCUCUCUUCCCGGCUGGACCAUCACUUUCCCUCCCAGCCAGUCUCCCGGUCAGCGCGGGAGGCCACGGGUCCAGCCCCUCGGGACCCACCCUGCCCCCCAAGCAGCCGUCGAAGAUGCACUGACUCCGCGCUGCCAUGGCCUCAGCAGGGGCCGAGAGGCAGCCAGGGGCCCAGGAGGCUGUGGGGCCGGUACAGCUCGCAGAGGCGCCCGGUGGCCACGCUCAGACCUCUGAGUGUCCACUGAUGGGAGACCAGUGCCUGGUGCCAGCCCAUGAAGCCUGCCAGACCCAGGGUGAGGACAAGUGUCCAACAGGAGCAGCCUCAGAGCCAGAGCUCCAGGAGAGACUCACACUGGAGGAAGAGAGGCUCAAGCCAGAGGUGGUGGCACUAGAGGAGAGAGGCCCCAGGCCUAUGGCCUCCCAUGUGAGGCCCAGCCAUGGUCCCAAGAGGAAACCAGUCAACCUUCCAGGGCCUAGCCACCAUGCCCAUCCUAGGACCGAAGCUGAGCUGCCACCCGGGCUGCCACUGCAGAAGGAGGAGCCAGAGGGCAGCCAGAGUGAACCCUCACCAUCUGCCAAACAGCACAAAAAAGCCAAAAAGCGCAAGAGUCUGGGGGCUCCCGUGCUCCCAGCUGUGGCCAGCACAGUGUCUGCACCCUUGGAGACCUUGGGCCUGGAACGAAAGGCUCAGCGCCUGCGGCCCCUGUACCAGUACAUCAACUAUUGCAACCCUGAGCUGAACCAGGCAGGGGAAGGGGACAGGGAGGCUGAGGUAGAGGUGGAGGCUGAGUCGGAGCUGGUUCUGGUUCCCGAGGAAGCAGGUGUGGAGCAACUGCAGGACUUGUUGCCCAUGGCAGGUGAGCUGGGCUCAGGCCUCGCUUUGCCCUGCCCCAGUACAUUAGUGCCCCCCACCCAUGCUCUGGCUCCCCUAGGAGAGGAGGCUGGAGAGGAGCCUGGGGCUUUGUCCAGCCUUGGGGUGAGUGGCCGCCUCAAAGCCGAGGUGGAUAAGUCAACCCAGGUGGACAUCGACAAGAUGCUGAGUGUCUGUGCUGCUCCACUUGUCCCUCCCCUCUCUCCUCAGUACAAGUGACUGUCCCGCCCCACUGAUGGCUCCCCUCCCAAGCCUGAACCAGGGCAGCCAUCUAUGAACCUAGGUCCUCAGGUGGAAGGGGGUGAAUUAGGCCCCUGCCCCUGCUUGGGACCUUGGGCUCAUUGGAAAUAAACAUUUUUCCUUUUCUAAG